AUGUUGGAAGCAAAUAUCGCCAGUGUUGUGCCCAAUGAUGAAGGAAAGGAAAAGUUCAAGAAAAGCGAACAUGUUGCUUUCUACAGACGGCAGAUUCAGGGCCCUAACAGACUGUACCGAACCCUUCUGGACUCGAUUGUGCUCAGUGACAAUGGAGCUCAGUUUGAACUACUGGAGACUGAUACACAGACCAAGCUGCAAUUAAUUCUGUCACCUUGUAAAAACGACUCCAUAAGAAUAUUGAUAGAUGAACUUCAGCCCAUUAACUAUCGCUACAGAGUCAAAGACGUGAUCUCAGAAGAGCCACAGUCGGAGAGGGUAAGGGUGGAAGAUCAGACUAAAGCUUCAGUCACACUGUCCUGGUCUAAUGGACAUUAUCAGGCCCGUGUUUGGUGUUUCCCAUUCCACAUAGAAAUCCUGUGUGAAUAUGAAGUUAUUGCAAUGUUUAACCCAAAAAAUAAGCUCUGGUUUGAGACAUUGCAGGAAACCAAAAUGAUGACAUCUGUUGCUAUGGAGGAGGACAGCAAUUCAUUAUGGAAAGAAACCUUUAGACAAUUUGUGGAUCACAAAACCAAUGGUCCCAGUAGUAUUGGAGCAGAUCUGCGCCUUAAUGGAUCCAGUCACGUGUAUGGUCUCCCUGAACACGCGGACAAACUGCAGCUCCGAGACACCAGCGGUGGUGAACCUUACCGGCUGUAUAAUCUGGAUGUUUAUGCCUACAACCUGAACGACACACUCGGCCUGUACGGAUCAGUCCCUUUUGUGUUAGCCCACUCUUCAAACAGGACACUCGGAGCUUUUUGGAUGAAUGCUUCAGAGACCUUUGUAAAUGUUCACUAUAGUUCGCCUGAUAAGGACGACUCGACUCCUCCUGCGAAGAGAAGACGCACACAGCCACACACAGACCUGCACUGGCUCUCAGAGAGUGGAGUCAUUGACUGCAGGAUUUUACUUGGACCAGAGCCAAAACAAGUAUUUACCCAGUACGCCCAGCUCACAGGAUUCCAGUCCCUGCCGCCUCUCUUCUCUCUCGGGUAUCACCAGUGCCGCUGGAACUACGACGACGAGGCUGAUGUUAAAGCUGUAGACGCUGGAUUCGACUUCCACAAAAUCCCAUAUGACGUCAUCUGGCUGGACAUCGAACACACAGACGGGAAACGCUACUUCACCUGGGACCCUGUGCAUUUCCCCAAACCUACAGAGCUACAGCGCCACCUACAGAACAAAAACAGGAAGCUGGUAGUUAUAAGUGACCCUCAUAUCAAGCUGGACCCUGAUUGGCUGCUGUUCCGUGAGGCUCGGGAUAGUGGACACUUUGUCAAAGACAGAGAGGGGCAGAUUUUUAAGGGCUCCUGCUGGUCAGGUGAAUCUUGUUACUUGGAUUUUACUAACCCAGCCACGCGAGCUUGGUACUCCAGAUGCUUUUCUCUCAAUAACUACAAGGGUUCAACAUCCUCAUUGUUUAUAUGGAAUGAUAUGAAUGAACCGUCAGUGUUUGAUGGGCCAGAGCAGACCAUGCCCAAAGAUUCAGUGCACUUUGGAGGUUGGGAGCACAGAGACCUGCACAACAUGUAUGGCUUCUAUCAACAAAUGGCUACCGCUGAGGGUCUGGUCACUCGGUCUGGUGGGAAGCAUAGGCCGUUUGUGCUGUCUCGCUCUUUCUUUGCUGGUUCACAGAGAUUUGGUGCAAUAUGGACCGGGGACAAUGUGGCUACGUGGGGCUACUUAAAGAUAUCAAUACCAAUGGUGUUGUCUUUAAGUGUUGCAGGCAUCGCAUUUUGUGGAGCGGAUGUAGGUGGUUUUGUCCAGGACCCUGAGCCUGAGUUACUUGUCAGGUGGUACCAGGCUGGUGCUCUCCAGCCGUUUUUCCGUGGACAUUCUGCCAAAGAGACAAAGCGCCGUGAGCCCUGGCUUUUUGGGGAAGACAUCACUGCAGCAAUUCGUAUCACCAUCCAGCAGAGAUAUCAACUUCUACAAUACUGGUACACAUUGUUUUACUGGGCUCACAAAAUGGGACAGCCACCUCUUAGACCUCUAUGGGUGGAGUUCCCCAGAGAGGAGGAGACCUUCACUGUGGACAAUGAAUACAUGAUUGGUGGCGCUCUCUUGGCCUGCCCCAUCACUGACCCUGGUGUCGAUCAAGUGCAGGUGCUACUACCUGGCUCAGGAGAGAUCUGGUAUGACAUCCAAUCACUGAAAAUGCACAGAGGAGGAGGGAGCGUAAGACUACCGGUCACCAUGGAAACAGUUCCUGUGUUUCAACGUGGAGGAACAAUUAUUUGUCGAGCGUUGGGAAAUGGUUCAUGUUCCGCAGACUUCCAGAAAUUACCACUGUCCUUGACUGUUGCACUAAACACUCAGGAAUUUGCUGAAGGGGAUCUGUACAUAGACGAUGGUUAUUCAUUUCGGCACCAGCACAUGAAGGCCUUCUGUCUGCGCAGGUUCAAGAUGGACUCUGGUCUAAUCAGCUCCCGUGCUUGGAGUGAAGAAGGAUCAUUUGACUCUGACACAGUUAUACAGUCAAUUAUUGUUAUGGGGCUGAAAAGAAAACCAUCCACUGUAUUAGUUCGAGCUUCAGGUCAUGAGGAGAGAACUACUUUUGAGUUUGACCAGAGUUGUGUUUUGACCCUGAACAACCUGAACCUCAGAGUGGUGACAGACUGGGACAUACAGAUAGGUCCACACUGA